AUGGUUCUUGGUCUUAAGCUCGCUUUGGUUGGCCUGCUCGGUGCUGGCGCCGUUCACGCCGCCCCGGCUGCCACUCGUGCAUCGGAAAUUGAGCAGCGCUCUUCCACUUGCACUUUCUCUGGCUCUAAAGGUGCCGCCUCCGCCAUCAAGGCUAAGACUUCUUGCUCGACUAUCAUUCUUUCCUCCGUCGCUGUUCCAGCCGGAACUACCCUUGAUCUGACUGGUCUGACUAAGGGAACUACGGUCAUCUUUGAGGGUGAGACCACCUUCGGUUACGAGGAGUGGACUGGUCCCCUGAUCUCGGUUUCUGGAACCGACAUCACCGUUAAGGGAGCUUCCGGGGCCGUCCUCAACGGCGAUGGUUCCCGCUGGUGGGACGGAGAGGGUUCUAACGGUGGCAAGACCAAGCCUAAGUUUUUCUACGCCCACAGUAUGAUCAACUCAGUCAUUGAGGACAUCUACAUCGAGAAUUCCCCUGUCCAGGUCUUCAGCAUCAAUGAUGCCAGCGAUCUCACUUUGACCGGCAUCACUGUCAACAAUGCUGAUGGUGAUGACAAUGGUGGCCACAACACUGAUGCUUUCGACAUUGGUAGCAGCACUGGCGUCUACAUCACCAAUCCCACCGUCCACAACCAGGAUGAUUGCUUGGCCAUCAACUCUGGCUCGGACAUCUCCUUCACAGGAGCUUCUUGCACCGGAGGACACGGAAUCUCUAUCGGCUCUGUUGGUGGACGUUCCGACAACACCGUUGAGAAUGUCACCAUUGAGAACUGCAGCAUCACGAACUCCCAGAACGGUGUUCGCAUCAAGACUGUCUACGGUGCGACCGGGUCCGUGAAGGACGUCACCUACAAGGACAUCACCCUUUCCGGAAUCUCCGACUAUGGUAUUGUGGUUGAGCAGGACUACAAGAACGGCAGCCCCACCGGUACUCCCACUAGCGGUGUUCCCAUCACUGGCCUUACCUUGAGCAAUGUUAAGGGAACUGUUGACAGCAGCGCGACUGAUAUCUACGUUCUGUGCGCCUCCGGUGCCUGCUCUGAUUGGACCUGGAGCAGCGUCAGUGUCUCCGGUGGCAAGACCAGCAGCAAGUGCAAGAACGUUCCCAGCAGCGCCAGCUGCUAG